AUGUCAGACAUCGACACUACAAACCCAAGGACUCUGGGCCGGGGUAUCUGUAUCAUCACUGGAGCAUCUAAAGGGUUUGGACGGGCGCUAGCACAUGAAGUGUGCCACUUGCUGGAGCCUGGCUCUGUCCUCUUGUUGGUGGCUCGCUCUGGGACUUUGUUGCAGGAGCUGAAGGAAGAGCUACAGAGCUUCACUGACAAACAGUGGCUGGUGGUUCACUGCAUUGCAGCCGAUCUUAGCACAAGAGAAGGGGUGAAUGAAACUGUGAGGGUGGCAAGGCAGGAGGCUGUGAAUGAAAUUGAUAAUGUGCUCCUGAUUAACAAUGCUGGUUCCUUAGGUCCCAUUUCUGGGUUUCAGAGUUUCACUGAUCUUGAAAGGGUGAAUUCUUAUCUGUCCUUCAAUAUUAGCUCAGCUCUGACACUGACUGCAGGAAUCCUGCAGACAUUUCCAUGCAGACCAGGACUGCGAUGGAGCGUGGUGAAUGUCUCGUCAAUAUAUGCACUGCAGGCCUUACCAUCCUGGGCCCUGUACUGCACUGCAAAAGCAGCCAGGAAGAUGAUGUUCAGUGUGCUGGCUGAGGAGGAACCAAAUGUCAAAGUUCUCAGCUAUUCUCCAGGUCCUAUGGACACAGACAUGCAGGAGGAGAUUCAGAGGUCAACAGGCAUCAGUCAUUGUCUCUUUCCCUGUCAGGAGUCUGCAGCCAAACUAAUGAAAUUACUUCUGGACAAUGACUUCUCUUCAGGGGGACACCUCGACUUCUUUGAAGUGUGA